CAGAGGUCGCCGCCGUCGCAGCCUCGCAGAGUUCUCGAGGUUGGCGCGACACUGAGCAUGGGCGCUGAUGGCCAUGGAAGGCUACAGAGGCUUCCUGGCGCUGCUGGUUUUGGCGUUGUUCUUCGGCUUCCUGUCGGUGAUCUGCACCCUCGUCUGGGUCCUCCACUACCGGGAAGGGCUCGGCUGGGACGGGAGAGGAGCCGAGUUUAACUGGCACCCGGUGCUCCUUGUCACCGGCUUCGUCUUCAUCCAGGGCAUCGCCAUCAUUGUAUACAGACUGCCAUGGACCUGGAAAUGCAGCAAGUUCCUGAUGAAGUCUAUCCAUGCAGGGUUAAAUUCUGUGGCUGCCAUUCUUGCAAUUAUUGCUCUGGUCUCUGCAUUCGAUUACCACAAUACCCUUAGCAUUCCCAACAUGUACAGUUUGCACAGCUGGAUUGGACUGAUAGUUGUCAUACUCUACAUCUUACAGCUUGUCCUAGGUUUAUUCAUCUUUCUGUUUCCUUGGGCUCCACCUUCUCUCCGAGCAAUCUUCUUGCCCAUACAUGUUUACUCUGGACUUCUCCUCUUUGGAUCCGUAAUGAUAGCAGUACUUACGGGAAUGACAGAGAAGCUGUUUUUCGUCCUGCCAAAUGGUCUGUACAGUUUAUUACCACCAGAAGGUGUGUUUGUAAAUACCCUCAGCCUUUUGGUUGUGGUGUUUGGGGCCCUCAUUUUCUGGAUAGUCACCAGACCGCAAUGGAAACGUCCUCAAGAACCGAAUUUGACCCUUCUUCAGCCAAAUGGAGGCACUGCAGGGGGCGUGGCAGGUUCCAUGGCAAUACACUCUGACAACAUGGACAAAUCAGAUGCAGAGUUAAACAGUGAAGCAGCAGCAAGGAAAAGAAACUUCGCCCUGGAUGAGACUGGACAGAGAUCCACCAUGUGAAGUGUUAUAGUGGCAUAGGUACAUAACCUCACUUUAAAAAGCAGCUCUACAGUAAGCUUCUCCUAUGUAGCAGUCAGAUGAUUGAGCUACACACAUAGUGUCGAUUUUUAUUUUAAUCGUUGGGGAGGAUUUCUUGGAAGUGGUCAUAUUGAUUGAAGCCUACGAACUACCUGAAUUAGAAAAGACACGGUCAGUGUUAAUAAUCACACACAUGAAUUAUGGUUUCUCUCUCUUUCUUGUUGAAGAUCAAAGCAUUAGCACAGUGCCUUGCACAGACCAGAUGCUCAAAAUCUAUCCAUCGGUUAAUUUGACAAACUGGCAGCAUCCCCGGCCUUUUUUGUCUUACAGUCAUUUUCUGAUAAUUCUGGGAGCCUGAUGAUUCCAGAACUCAGUAGAACCAGUUCUCAAGUUUAAAAUCUCAGACAGGGUAUAGACCAUUCUGCUGCAAGGAUAUUGUAACUAGAGUACAGGAAAAAAAAAAAAAUGAGGACAAUAACUGGUUCCGUGGCCCCAUGCCUGACUUCUGCUCUCUCCAGCUAAUUUGGGCUGAGAUUGGCCCUGGAGUCCAGGCUUUAUAUGAGUCUGUUUUGGCAUAGACUUUGGCCCAUAGGCAGCUGAAGAUAUCUUCUCUGGUCAGACUUAGAAGAUUUUCUAAAACUCAGUUUAGUCUCGAGACUUCCUUGGGGUAGGUGUACUUUAGAAUCCAGAUUCUAAACCUCUUUGAAUGAAAAUAUGCCUUAAUGUUUAAGCAACGUAAACUACUCUACAAACCUCAAAGAGCACUUUUCCCUAAGUUGCUGUUUUAAAUUUUGAAAGUACUUAGCUGACACUUACUGUGUGCCCUGACACUCUUCUAAGCACUCUGCAAACAGGAGCUUAGCCAGUCUCCGGUCUGUUAUCACCACUUCACUGAUGAGAGAGCUGACACCUGGAGAGGCUGGUCACUUGCUCCAGGAUCACACAGCUCAUUACAGAGGAACUGAGAUUCAGACCCUGGCAGACUGGCUCCUCAGGCCACGAUCCUAACCACUUCCCUCUUUUCCAGUUUUGUACUAAUUUGCACCUACUUUAGCCCUCCCCUGAAUAAACCUCCUCAAUUGCUGGAGUGGAGUGGAGUUGCUAAACAGAUACUUCUUACCCUUGGCUUUCUCUCCGUGCAGAUUCCCCACCUAACCCAGAAGGGCCACCCCUACCCGAAAAUAA